AUGGCUUUUGCUUCGUCUUCUCCUUCUCAUGUGAAAUAUGAUGUUUUCCUUAGUUUCAGAGGUGAGGACACUCGUGAUGGUUUUACCAGCCACCUCAAUGCCGCUUUGUGUCGGAGAAACAUUUUAACUUUCAUUGAUGAUAAACUUGAAAGAGGAGAUGAGAUCUCACAAUCUCUUUUGAAUACAAUUGAAUCAUCUAAGAUUUCAAUUAUCAUCUUCUCUAAAGACUAUGCUUCUUCUAGAUGGUGUCUCGAAGAACUCGUAAAGAUCGUCGAUUGCAAGGAAAAGUACGGUCAGAUUGUGAUACCGGUUUUCUAUCAUGUAGAUCCAUCAGAUGUAAGGAAGCAAAUGGGGACAUUUGGAGAUGCAUUUGUUAAGCAUGAAGUGCGAUUUAGGAAGGGGCAAAAGAUGUUGAAGAGAUGGAGGAAUGGUUUGACAGAAGCAAGCAAUAUAUCUGGCUUUGAUUCAAAAGUCAUUAGGUAA